AACCGAUGAUGAUAUUUGGGUCAACCAAUAAAAAAAUAAUGAUAUUUUGAUAUAAACAAUGUAAUGUAAUUUUCAUUUCUCAAACUUUGAUCAACACCAUUAUUCUUCAAAGAUAUCCAAUUUCAAUGGCAAAGAGUGAUGUGAAGCUUAUUGGCAAAUGGUCAAGUCCUUAUGUGACAAGGGUGAAGAUUGCCCUUAACAUCAAAUCCCUUGAAUAUGAAAACUUUGAAGAGAAUGAAACCUUUAACCCCAAAAGUGAUAUUCUUCUUCAAUCCAACCCUGUUUAUGGCAAAGUCCCAGUGCUUAUUCACAAAGAUAAACCAAUAUCUGAGUCUCUCAUCAUUGUUGAAUAUAUAGAUGAAACAUGGUCCAGUGCUCCUUCCAUUCUCCCUUCUGAUACUUAUGAUAGAGCAGUUGCUAGAUUCUGGGCUGCUUAUAUAGAUCAAAAGUGGUUUCCUCCUAUGCAAAGCAUAAUUACUGUUGAAGGAGAGGAUGAAAGGAAGCCAUAUUUUGAAGUAUUGGAAGAAGUGGUUGAGAGGAUGGAGGAAGCUUUUGAAAAAUGCAGCAAAGGAAAACCCUUUUUUGGUGGUGAUAGGAUUGGUUAUCUUGAUAUUGCAUUUGGGAGUUUUUUGGGAUGGCUUAGUGUGAUUGAGCAUGAGUAUGAAAGGAAAGUGUUGGUUGAAGAAAAGGCUCCUAAUUUGGUGAAAUGGGCUGAGAGAUUUGCUUCUGACCCUGCUGUGAAGGGGCUUAUACCUGAGACUGAGAGACUUGUUAAGCUUUCUAAAGCUCUUCAGAUCAAGUGGAGAGCUGCUAUUUGCAAGAAAUAGGAAAUGCUUUUGUUCAAAUGAUGUUGUUUGUAUGAUGAACUUGAUGAAAGAAUAAUAUUUAAUAUGUGGAAUUGGUUUCUUCUAGCUGUUUUCAUUAAUUUUCUUCUAUCUUUAGUCCUUAUAGGUUUGCACUCUGUUGUAUACUCCUCCGUCCUUUAAUACAUAAUACAGUUGACUCCAUUA